AUGCUAGGACUACUAACAGCCAUUAUUAAAAACAUUUUACAAUACAUUCCAUUCAAUCCACUCAUAUACAUUCUCAAAUCAGAGCCAAUAUUGUUGGCUGUCGAGAUCACCAUAUAUUUUUUCUACGGCGCAUAUUUCUAUGAAAUUCCCGACAAACUAUCGACAGAAGGCGAUACUAAUGUAUAUGUGAGCAUGUCGGAACUAUACAAGCUGUAUGAAAAAAGCUCCGACAGAGAAAGCAUUGUUGGAUGUGAUGAGAGCAUAAGCAACACUGAUGAAAGUGAUGGAACAAUUGAUGGUGAUGACAAUCAAUCAGACAGAACCAUUGAAUCUUGUGAUUCAAGACACUCCACAAUUAAAUAG